AUGGCCGACGCAACUGAGCGACAGAUCAAUUCCAGCUUCCAGGGCUUGGUCUCGACCUGUGUCAUCUUCGCCGUCGUUGGCUCCAUCUCCGCCAUCACCUACGAGUCUUGCCGCCAGCUGCGCCGUCUACCGCGCACACGCUUCUCCAAAUUCUGGUAUGAUGAUGCUCGGCGUCAACAUCCCCCAGGCGGUGUCCACGACGAUCCCGCACAUGUUCGAGAAAAGGAUACAUGCGAAGAUUGGGAGAUGGGCCACUUUUACCUAUCGCGCGUCUUCCAUGCUUCCACACCCUCUCCCAUGCUCCCGCGCUGGCCAUUUGCCUGGGUCAAACGCGCCAUCUCCUUCACCGACGAAUGGUAUGCGGAUCACACCGGCAUGGACACCGUAGUCUAUGUCCGCUUCCUUCGCGCCUGCCUCUGGUGGGUCCUCCUUCAAUGCUUGACUACAGCCCCCAUCCUGCUUUCCAUCCACAUCACCUUCAGUCGCGGCAUCAGCACCACCGACAUGCAGCGGGCCUCCCUCUCCUACCUCGUUAGCACCCCCGCUCCCGACUGCACAGAGCUAGAGGUCGCCAAAUGUCCAACCGUGCCCAACGAAAGAGGCCGUUCGCUUCUCUGGAUCCACCUCGUACUCCUCUGGUACCUCAGCAUCACCUGGAUCUUGGCGCUUUGGUGGAUCGGCAGCGGCUCGCUCAAAGUGCGCAAGGCUCAGAUCGAAAAGACCCGAGUUAAGGUCAUCCGAGCCAAGCAAGAAGCACGCAGCGUUCCCCUCAAUCCCGCCGACGACACGACUCCCAUCCAUCGAGAUCCUCACCCAAACCUGACCAAGGCACAAGGUCUCUCGUCGGACAACAGCGACGGCUGGCGUCAACGUACCUUGAUGGUCAUGAAUCUGCCCGCCACCAUGCGAGACGAGGCCAGCGUUCGUCGCUACUUUGAGGAGUUCCUCCGUCCUGACGACGACCAAGCCUCCUCCAACGACGGCCAAAGCGACCAUCAGAUCAUCUCAUCUUCUCGUGUCCGCCGCGAUCCCGCAGACACAGACGCUCAGCAUACUUCCGGCUCCGACUCGGAUCAUCGAUCGCCUUCAGCCGAGCAUCACGCUGGACCACCCGCCCAAUUCUCGGCUUACAGUGACGGACCGGAUGGUCCUCAGCCUGAUUUGCAUCCGAAUCGACAUCUCAAGAGCCCGAUCCAGACGGUUGUCCUGGUGCGCAAGAUGAACGAACUCGCAUCCAUGCUCUCUCGUCGCCAAGAAGUGCUCACUCAACUCGAGGCAGCGCAUGUCAAGCUAGCCCAAGACGUGCUCGUCACCGUCGGUCGUCGCACCCUCAAAAUGCGCAAGCAGGAAAGGGACCGGGCCGCGGGCAAGCCUGCUCGAGACAAGCAAGGCAACUCCUCCUCUUCGUUCAAACGACUAGCGGCCUCCCUCCGCCGCCCUUUCCGCAAACAGGCCAAGAAGACUGCGCCCACCAGCGGUUCGAGCUCGGGCACUUCAACGCCUUCGGAAGCCUUGGACCCAGACAUUGAAAAGCUAGGCCAUGCUCAGCACACGGCAGGCAAAGCGCUCGAGGAAGAACUGGCGCGCAGAUUGGCCCGUUUCUCGCCCACUAACCGUGGCUCGCAUGCCAAACAGGCGCAGCAGGUCGGUGACAAUGAUGCCGACCACGAGCAUGAGAUCGGCGAGACGGUAUGGGAAGCGCUCGAAGAGCUGCCAGGAGAGUUGCUUGAUCCUUUCCAGCCAGCUACCAGAUUGUCGGCUCUCUUCCGCGGUCAGACGGUGCCCACCAUCGACUACCUCCUCACCAAGCUCAACCUGCUCACCGCCCUCGUCACAGAGAUGCGAUCCAGACCUCCGACCAGCUACGAGCCCACCUCGACCGCCUUUGUCACCUUUCGUGAUCCUCGUCAGGCGCGCAUGGUGUGGCGUGAGCUCAAGGACCAAAUCGUCGUCAAGGUGCGCCUCGCACCCGAAGUCAAGGAUCUCGACUGGGACCGACUUAUGAAGACAUCUUUCACCGUCGACGUCGUUCGUGGCUUUGGUGUCAGCGUCGUCACGUGGGGCUUCACCAUCUUUUGGGUCAUCAUCAUCAACGCCAUCGUCCUUGGUAUCUUCAGCGUCGACAAGCUCAAACAGAUCCCUGGCCUCGGCAACUUUUUCGACGACAACCCCAAACUCACCGGCUUCGUCACGAUCACCUUGCCACCCUUGCUCGUCUCGCUGGCAUCCAUGUCGGUGCCCGAACUCAUCUUCCAAGUCAGCAAGCGCGCUCAAGGUUUCGUCACCUUCAGUGCUCUGUACGACAUGUGCCUUGCACGCUACUGGAAGUUUGUCAUUUGCAACGUCGUCAUCUUCUUCAGUGUCGGUUCCGCUGUCAUCGUGACUGUCCUCACCAAGGUCGGCAACACGGGCUCCAUCCUCACCACCGUUGCAAGUUCGUUCCCCUCGGCUGCGCCCUUCUUCGUCUCUUACUUGAUUCUACAGCUGGCACUGCAGUCCGGCUUCGAGCACAUGGGCUUCAUGAUCGCGCUUCUGCAACACUGGGGCGCAAGGAAAGCGGCGACACCUCGAGUACGAGCCAUCAAGACACUGCCGCGCAAUUUCAACCGAUACUACUGGCUGCCGCUGCACAUCAACAUCAUGGCCAUCGUCUUUAUCUUUGCGCUGCUCAACCCACUGGUCAUCCCGUUCGCCCUCAUCUAUCUCUCGCUCGCCAUCGUCAUCUUCAAGAAGAACUUCGCCUACCACUACUACAGGCGCUUCAACGAGAUGGAGGGUGUGCUCUACUUUACCCGCCUGCUGCGCUACAGUCUCGACGCCAUCGUGGUCAUGCAGGCUGUCUUGCUCAUCUUCUUUUCCGUUCUUCGCCGAGCACCGGUGUACAUCGGAAUGUCGGCGUUGCUGAUUCCGCUCACCGUCAUCACCAAGCUCAUCGCUACGCGCCUGUGGAAAUCGCAGUGCCGGGCUUUGGAUGACGAGGAGGCCGAAGCGCUCUGCGGAAUCGACUCUCGUCCGCUCUGGGAAAAGAUGCAGAGGAACGACCUCGGUCCCAGCACGGCUGAGGAAGGGACCGGCAGCCGCCAACCGCUGGACGCGCUCGCUUCAGGCAGGUACCCCUCUGUCGUUCCGCCGCCGCCUACCAACUCGACGUUCCAGCGCGUCUGGCAACGGCUUCACGACUCGUUCAACGCCAACGGUCUCGACGGACAGAGCUAUCUCGCUACGGCGCAUGCCAAAGGCGAAGCACCCGCGAAUGCUGUCGGCGUCGGCGCAAAAGGGAUCGCCAGGACGCCUCGCUACAUUGUCAAGGAGACCGCCAAGCACGCUUUCCACUACCGCCAUGCUGCCAAGAACUCAUUGGGCAUCAACGAUCUCGUAGAAUCUCCGCGUCCGAGUCGCGACCGCCCUUCGGCAGAUCGUCGACCCAUCUCGGGCUUGCCGCCCACCAGCCAAAUUCAUGUUCAUACGUUCCGCAACUCGCACGAAGCUGCUGCUGAGGCGGAGCACAUGGACGGCGAGGUGCCCAACGAUCCCUCCGCCACUACGCAACGUAGCAAGACAGCCUCUCGCAAGGUCAAAGGCGAGCAUGUGGUCCAUCGCCGUCGCGACAGCUCGAGAAGCGAGGAUCGUCCGUUCCUGUCCGGCUUCGAUGCCAUCGCCUCCCACGCCCCGCUGCCAAGCGAGGACGACUACGAUCUGAGCUUCGAAGAUGGCGACGCUCCUUUCCUCGAGCACGACGAGGAGGGACAUUUGUUGCGCCAGACAAGUCAGCGCUCGAGGAGGCGAGGCAGCCGCAGCAACUACGGAACGCUCCGAAAGAAGCCGAGUCAGCUGGCCACCGUCCCUGACGAGGAGAUCCUGCAGAACACAGGCAGCGACGAGACGAACAAUUGGGCCGAGGGCGCGACCAGCACCGAUCCCCUCUACCAGCAUGCGCCGAAGCCGACAAAGCAAAACGCUGCCAAGACCGAUCAAGAAUGGGCCAAGUCGAGUCAGCGAUCGCACGGCGAUGACUACGAAGAUUCUCUCAAGGGUCGCGAGCUCGUACGACCUCAUCCUCCGGUGCGAUGGGACGACACGCCCAACAACUCGGCGCGCUACAACAAUCCCUUCUACAAUCAGGAGAUGGACGAUUUCCUCUGGCUGCCCCGCAAUCCUCUCGCGCCCGUCGAUCUCUUCGACACCAUCGAGUGGUACGGAUGUGCGCUCGUCAGCUCGCAAGGCGGUGGCGGAAUCGUUGGCGAGUGGGACGACGAGCAGGAUGACGACGACUACGACAACGAGAAGAGCGUCUCCCACGAGGAUGACAUUCCUCUUGGCGGCGAGGCGGCCACUUUUGUUCGGCCACAGGACAUGCUGCUUGAUGGUAAUGAGGAGAUUGUGCUUCCGGACAAGCUCGCUCGUCAUCUCGAAGAGACCGAAGCUGUCGAGGAAGCUAAGGACCCCGCUGCAAGCAUCCCCAAGAACCUCAUGAAGGAUUACAAACGAGCUCUGCGUCGCAACGAGCGCGCCGGAUCCGGCGACAGCGCUUCUCAACACUCGUCGUCGAGCCUCUUCAGGCGGGGCAGCGAUGCCUCCUCGCGCGCGGGCAAGGGCUACGCUGGAGGACCGUCGCUGUUGCAGGUGCCCUCGCAUGGCUCGUGGCGAAGCGGCGAUCAAAGCCAAGCACCCGCAAGUCCCACGUCGGUGCGUGCGUCCGUUCGACUGGGCAUGGGCGAACCAGAGCCUCUAGCCAGCGUCGCUGAAGCUGGGGUCAUGAUUCCCAAUCGCAGCUCGAGUCGUCGCAAACGCGCCGGCGGCGCUGAGAUCGUUGAAGACGACGAAGAUGACAUCUCUCCGACUACCGCUGCUGGCGAUCAAACGACGGACCUCACACCUACGAAGAGACGCGACGCCAACGCGACGACGUUGGACCGCAACACGUCGCGCAGGACGUACCGCCGCGAUGCCUCGGGUGCAUUGAGCGGCUUCUCGGGCGGCACGACGCAGAAGACAGUGACGCUCAAGGCAGCCUUGCGAGCCGAAGCUCUGGAAGAAGAGAGACGCAUCGGGCUCAAGGAGAGGCUGGCGGCGUCCAAGGGUCGCCGGAAGCGCAACGUGUCUGGCAAUGCCUCGACUCAACUCGAAGGACUCGAGGAGGCGAAAGCAGCCGAAGAGGUAGACGAGGAAGACGGCACCACGCCGCGUCGCGAAGCCAACGUGAGCACCAUCAUGGGUCGAUACGAAGCCGAGCACCGCCGACGCGAGGCGGGUGAAUUUGGACUGUUGACGCCAGGCAGAGACGGUGGUUUGCGCCGGGAUCUCUCUCAGAACUCACAGCUGGGAGAGUACUCGCCAGGACAGUUGGACAGGAGUGCUAGCAGCGCAUUUGGAGGAAGACGCUUCCGAUCGGCUGCACUUGGUGUUCUGAGCUUGUCACGAACGCCAAAGGCAGCUCGGGAUGCAAGCACCGCUUCGGCCGUGCCUAUGCAGGAGCUCGGUGGCAGUCGUCCGGCGACAGGCACGAGUGUGGUUGAGCAGAGCCCGAGUCAAAUGGUGGCACCGUUUGCAUUGCCAACGAGGAGCCAAGAGGCACGGCAGGAGGUGGAACAGCGGCCGGGUAUGUCGGAGAGGGGCAUCACUGAAGUGGCGCUGCCCGCCGAAGCGAGCCGCACGUCUGCGCUGGACAAGACGGUCGAGGUGCCGCCUUCGCCGUCGAAGCCGCCUCAGUAA